AUGUGGUUCAAGCUAACGUUGCUGCUAUUGGCCGCGAUUGCCAGCGGUGGAUCGGCCGAACAGGCCCGGUUCGACAACUAUCGCGUGUACGAGGUGUCGAUCGAAACCGAACGCCAGCUGCAAACGCUGCAGCACCUCGAACUGAAUCCCGAUGGCUACAACUUCUGGGAAUCGCCCGUGCAGACCAACAUGCGCCUCAGCAUCGUGGUUCCUCCGCACAAGUUUGCCCACUUCGAAGAGAUUACGACGGCCCUUGCCUUGAAGACGCGUCUGCAGAUCGAAGACUUCCAGAAAGUGAUCGACAAUGAGCGUCCGAAUCGCAGCACUCGUGCUACCUUCGGGUGGACCGAUUACUACACCGUCGAUGAGAUCUACGCCUGGAUGGAUGAGAUCGUGGCCCAGAACCCCACCAUCCUUUCCGGUACGGUGUACGGCCGAUCGUUUGAGGGCCGUGAUCUGAAGGCCGUCAAGUUGUCGCACAAGGCUGGAAACCCGGGUAUCUUCAUCGAGGCCAACAUUCAUGCCCGCGAAUGGAUCUCGUCCGCUACUGCGACGUGGCUGCUAAACGAACUGCUCACCUCGACCAACCCCGCUGUGCAGAAUUUGGCCCAGAACUACGAUUGGUACUUCAUCAUGGUUGCUAAUCCUGAUGGUUUGACCUACACCAAGACCACCAACCGACAAUGGCGCAAGACCCGUCAACCGGUCAAUGAUCUCUGCGUUGGUACUGAUCCUAACCGCAACUUUGACUACAUGUGGAUGAAUGGUGGAGCUUCGUCCGUGCCCUGCUCAGACACCUUCGCUGGCCCGUCGGCUUUCUCCGAGCCAGAAACGAGGGCUAUGGCUGAUUACUAUGCCACGAUCGCUGAUAGAAUUAACAUCCAGUUUUCGUUCCACUCCUACGGCCAGUACCUGUUGACACCGUUCGGAUACACUGGUGCUCCGCUGCCGUCCAAUGAAGCCGACUUGCAACGCAUUGCCACUGUUACUGCUGCAGCCAUCCAGGCUACCUAUGGAACUCGCUACACUUACGGAAACAGUGCCAGCGUCUUGUACACCACCUCCGGAAGCACGGUAGACUACUUCGUGGGAGUGCACGGCACCAGACUGGGAUACACCUUCGAGUUCCGUGACACCGGUGCGACUGGAUUCGUCCUUCCUGCCAACCAGAUCAUUCCUAACGCCGAGGAAACGCUCAACGGAAUCAUUGCCUUCGUUGCCGAAGCUAGAACACUUGGAUACGUCUAA